CGUUGAGUUACGACGACAAGAUGUCAGGGCUUGCGUGGCAGUUGGGCAGUAUUCUAAGUGGUCUUCUGCUUGUCUUUUGCGGGGGCAUACAUAUCGGAUGGAGCAUAUUUCAUCUGUACAUGACUGGCAAUAAAUGGAUGAUCGGUAUUACUGUGGAUGAAUAUCGAUUUGCCAUUCUUUCGUUCUUCACCGGUGUUGGAUUUAUAUUAAUAAUGUUAACUUUUGCAAAAGAAUGGCUUUCGACAAGGAUAUGGCUGAUGUUGUCUUCGUUUUUCUUUGUCAUCAAUGGAAUUUUUUUCAUUGCCAUGCCGGUUGAUUACAUAGCAACAGUCAUAACGAGAAUUAUUGCAGGUUUCGGCCACGGCAUAGCUCAUCUCUGCAUGUCUAUUUACAUAGGAGAAACAGCCGCUAAACAUUUGCGCGGAAAACUUGUAACAUUAAUGACGGCAUCCAUCAUUGCGGGCGUUGCAGUUUUCUCAGUAAUAUCAAUGGUUACCACAAACAUUAUCUACAUAAUUGAACCCGAGAUGCACCCGAAUAGAGCUUUGGGGAUCAUUAUCCUACCAUUAAGCUGUGCUGCUUUUUUCCUCGCCUUUUUCCUGACUGUCGAAUCGCCCAUUCAUACACUAUCAUCACGCAAAGACGAAGGAAUGGCUUUGAGUAACUUGCUCAAACUGCGAGGGCUUUCGGUUGAAAAUACAGAAGUUACACAAGAGUUUAAUGACAUGAAACUAUUAGUGGCCGAAAGUAACAUGUUGUCAAAGAUUUUUGUAACCGAAGGAAAUUUUAAACCCUUUCAACUGGUACUAACACUGAAAUUAGCAAAUUUGCUCUUUUUCAACUAUUCUAUGAACAUUGCUAAAAUGAUGUUAAUGUCCUUGAUGUUUACACUGACAUUAGAAGGCAUCAAUUGGGCUCCUUCAAUAUUGAUGUUGAGCAAAUUAGUGGCAGCGGUUUUUGCCAUUUUCAUUAUUGAUGUACUACCAAGGCGCUUCCAGUAUGCUAUAUCUUCAACAUUCACAGGAGCUUUCCUGUUAGCCUUCGGUAUUGUUUUAGCCACGUACGAUAUAAUUGAGCCGUGGCUUCCACCUUUCAUGUAUAUUACAGCAGAAGUAUUUCAAGCUUUAGGAAUGUUGCCAGUGUCAGAGAUACUACUAUCCGAAGCUUUUCCGCCCAAGAAAAAAGUACUUUCUGUUGCAUCCGUUUUGAUUUGUGAAUAUGUCGGUCAUAUGGUGGUGUACAUAAUUUAUUUCAAUGUACCUAGCACCUUGCAGAAUACUUACAUAAAAACUAUUGUGUUUGGGUCAGUUAUAUUAUUAAAAUGUUUGAUUGGAAUUCUGGUUAUACCUGACACGCGACGAACGACACCUCGCGAAGCAGUUCAAUUAUUAUCUAAAGGUCAUUAAAUUUACGUUUCUGAUAUUGAGAAUUGAAAACUUUGAAAAAAUAUCAUUGGUAGUUCAAACAAUGGUUGAAGGACUUUUUUUGUUAAAUUGAACAGUGCUGAUCUUCAACUUUGUCUGACUUUCAACAAACGCAAGCUUUGGAUUUGAUUGGAACUCGAAAAAUAAAUAUCCAACGAAACAAGAUCUCGAUACCGUUUGAAAAAUGUUUUUGAACAAACUGUAAUAGAUUUAUGGACAAUAAAACAAGUGCUGUUCA